CUUUGGGACUCCCUCCAAACAAAGCACAAAACACAGCGUCAUGGACGGCGCACGGUAAGGCCAAGGUAGGUUCACGUACUAACGUCUAGCAUCUGCACACUCUGAAAGCGAAGGAUGGCGACUCAAUUGGCGACGAGCACGUCGUCGCCGGCACUGCCAAAGACUCCAGCCAGCGUUCCGCCGGCAGCACCCACGCCGCCGACGGGGACGUGGCAGCACCCGCGGAUGAAGGAGAUCGAGCUGAGGCGUGAAGCAAGCAUCUUCACCACAACAAAACUCUUGCACACGUGCGUAUUCGCCGGCACCUUGGGGCUGACCUUCUGGACUCCUGGAGCGUGGCUGAGGGCUCUCUUGUACGUUCUUUCGACUUGCACCCGCGCAAUCGAAACGCUCUUCUGGUGAUGAUGAAGAUGAAGAAGAAGAUGAUGAUAUUAACGCCCCUGCCACGCAGAGCCAUCUCGCCCGUCCCGGCCGCACUUGAGUCUCUCCUCAUUGCUGCCCUUCGUCUGCUCCUCGUCUUUGCAGCGAGCAGAUGCCUCCAGCCAUUCUGGGCCCCCGUCGACGAAAUGACGGACAUCCCCCUCACGCCCACCCAACGCAAGCUCCUGGGCCUCACGCCUUCUUCGCUUCCCGCAUCCCCAGGGGCUGGCUAUGUCACCCCUCCUCGAUACGCACGCAGCACUCCGCGCAGCGACAGCAGCCGUGCUGCUGUGCACGGGUCCUCGCCAGUGGGCGCCACCACACCGUUCAGCGGCAGUCCUCUUGCCCGGAAAGCCAUGGAAGGAGGCAGGCGUUUCAGCGCAGGCAGCAGCAGUUUGUUUGAUGAAAGCAGGAAUGGUAGUCCCGGGUCUCCUGGUGCCUCGCCGUUUGCAUCGCCGUCUAGUCGGGGCGCGUCAGUCUCCUUGAACAGCAAAUGGCUAUACCAGCGGGGGAAGAGCAGGUUAAGCGGCGGUUUGUACUAAGUCACGACGGUUUGGAAAUCGAAGUGUAUUGCUUAAAGAAAAGAAAAACGGCGAUACGGCGAAUGCAAUCACUACAUUUAUUGCUUAAUUCAACACUACGAGAUAUGCUGUCUGCUCCUGAUGCACAGCCUGUCUUUCGCUGGAUCCUGGUAUUCCUGUGCUCCACACAAACGCCGUCCCAUGAUCGAAAGCAUAAAAAAAAAGCUCAUGCUCUCAACGUCUCAAAUUACAUGAAAGGUCCAAGCAACGCGCUUCAGAGAUGUACGGAUGGCUCGUCUAGUGAAACGGCCUGUAGCAAUAUGUGUACCCCAGCGGUUUCCUACCACGAAAUCAGCCAUGACAUACUGCAGGUGGAGGACACACACAGCGCGUACCUCGUUUCCCACGAGCCAUCUCGCUCGGAUCUCUUGGACGCCAAAUAGGGUGGGAGGAAUGGCAACGUGAAUGCGGCAACCAGGUAUCCCGUGACCGCGUAGCCCUUUAGCGUGGCCUGUGCAUUGCGAUGUGCAUGCUGAGAAUAGUGUCGUAUUAUUUGCACGUGCAUGAUUGGUAUGCCUCGUCUCGCUCCCUGUGGAGAGAAAGGGAGAGAGUGUGUGUGCGUUUGUGUGUUUUGUGUGUGCUUUGUCGCCCACGAGUCUUUAUAUAUGACAGCGGUUAGACUGAGCACCUGGCAUACAAGGGGAAGGCAAUUCAAGAGGCCCAGUGAAUCGAUAUUCUUGACAAGCCUCGACGCCGCGGGAGCCACAUAUAUGGUUGCACAACCUUAAAUCUUGAGAAGCAAAGCCGGAAAGUGGGCACGUUACCUGGCUACGGUUUUAUGCAGAUGCAGCCUUAGUUUUGAUCGCUCGCUAAGGGCGGGUAUGUCCGUUCCUGGUUGCGCUUCACUCC